UCAGUGUCCCCAUCACUCCUCUUACUAAUGUGUCCUAUUUAAGGGAGUCAAAUGUUCAACACCUUCACCUUUGCUGAUUACUUUUUCAUCAUUUUUCAUGGCUUAUUCAUAUCCUAAACUUUUCUUUCUUCUGUUUGCAAUCUUCUUGUCACACACUUGUGCUGUCAACUCUUCCAAUGCUUCCACAACACUUCACACCAAUCUCUCUUCCUUAAGAUCUUUCUGCACAUCAACCCCUUACCCAGAAGUUUGUUUCAACUCAUUGAAGCUAUCCAUCACAAUAAACAUAAGUCCAAACAUUCUCAACUACCUCCUUCAGUCCCUCCAAGUAGCAAUAUCUGAAACCACAAAGCUCUCAAACCUCUUCCACAACGUUGGACACACAAACAUCAUAGAGAAGCAAAGAGGAGCAGUUCAAGACUGCAGCGAACUCCACCAAUCCACUUUGAUUUCUUUGAAAAGAUCACUAUCAGGGAUCCGUUCCACCAACUCCAAGAACAUAGUUGAUGCAAGAGCAUACCUCAGUGCAGCACUCACCAACAAGAACACGUGUCUAGAAGGCCUAGAUUCUGCUUCUGGCACCAUGAAGCCAACACUGGUGAAAUCUGUGAUCAACACUUACAAGCAUGUUAGUAACUCUCUUUCAAUGAUCUCUAAGCCAGGAAAAGGGUCUACCAAAGGCCAAAAAAACCAGCCUUUGAUGGGUGAUUCAAAGUGGCUAUCAAGAAGUGACCAAGGACUCUUGCAAGACUCAGAUGGGGAAGGAUAUGACCCAAAUGAAGUGAUUAUUGUGGCUGCAGAUGGAACUGGGAACUUUACCACCAUCACUGAUGCUAUCAACUUUGCUCCGAAUAACAGCAUGGUUAGGACAGUGAUCUAUGUCAAGGAAGGGAUUUAUGAGGAAAAUGUGGAAAUUCCAAGCUUUAAGACCAACAUUGUGAUGCUUGGCGAUGGAAGUGAUAUCACUGUCAUAACUGGUAACAGAAGCGUUGGUGAUGGAUGGACCACUUUCAGAUCUGCUACUCUAGCGGUUUCUGGUGAUGGCUUUCUGGCACGUGACAUAGCCUUUGUGAACAGCGCAGGGCCAGAGAAGCACCAAGCAGUGGCCUUGAGGGUAAAUGCAGACUUAACUGCUUUCUACAGGUGUGCAAUUUAUGGUUACCAAGACACAUUAUAUGUUCACUCCUUCAGACAAUUCUACAGAGAGUGUGACAUUUAUGGGACCAUAGACUUCAUCUUUGGAAACGCAGCAGUGAUCCUACAAGAAUGCAACAUCAUAUCUAGAAAACCAAUGCCAGGCCAAUUCACUGUCAUCACUGCACAAUCCAGAGAUAGCCCUGAUGAGGACACUGGCAUCUCAAUCCAAAACUGUUCAAUCAUAGCUACUGUUGAUUUGUAUUCCAACUCUAGUAGCUUCAAGAGCUACCUUGGGAGGCCGUGGAGGGUUUAUUCUCGUACCGUGUACCUUGAGUCAUACAUUGAUGAUUUCAUUGACCCUAGGGGUUGGACUAAGUGGUCUAAUGAGCAAGGAUUGGACACUUUGUAUUAUGGGGAGUUUGACAAUUAUGGACCUGGUUCCUCCACUGAUAAUAGGGUAGAAUGGUUUGGGUACCAUUUGAUGGACUAUGAUGAUGCCUAUAAUUUCACGGUUUCGGAGUUUAUCAAUGGAGAUGGGUGGCUUGGGACUACUUCUUUUCCUUAUGAUGAUGGGAUUUGAUUUGAACAGUUUAAAGUAGCUUUUGUUUGUUAUUUGUUAGGCUAGCUACUUGCAAUGGUCCCUAUUCUAUGGCUUUAAGGCCUAAAGUAGGUAGUUACUAAUGUAACAAUGUAAAAUAAGAAAAGUUCAUGCUAAUUACACAUAGCUGAUUUGAUGAAUUCUUAAUUUGAC